AUGUUAAUUUCAGCAUAUACUAACACAUAUAUAAAAACAAAAGUUUAUAUGUUAAAAUUAGUUACUGCACAUGAACUAACAAUGACGUAUUUUUAUCAACUAACAUGAACAAAGAUGAAUAAAUACUGUAAAUAAAUAUAUUUUUCAUUGUUAGUUCAUGAUACCUAAUGCAUUAACUAAUAUUAACAAAUGUAACCUUAUUAUGAAGUGCUACCACCAAAGUUAUAGGGACAAAGUGGGACCUUUAUUACUUCUUGAAAAUAGUUCAUUUCUUUACACUACAAUAUAUUGAUCAGCUCAUGAGUCAAGAAGAGCCUUCAACUAUAUAGGCAACUUGAAAUUAAAUAAUGUUAUAAAUAUUCAGAAAUCUGGCCACAGUUGCCCCUGACCGCACAGCCAAGAUAAGAUGCUGUGCAGUAGCUACGAGCUACAGUGGAAGAAUCUGUCAUUCUUGUUAACUUUUAACCAACACCCUUGAGAUUAAACAGAAAUUAGAGUAAAUUCAAAGGAUUUAAAACUUUAGAUAACAGAAUACAAAUACUGGGCAUCCAAAAAUCACCUUUCAUUUUUAGUUGCAAAUUUCUUACAGAGUGAAAUGAUUGCACUUCCUAUCCCUAGAAAGUGGAAAGGAAACUCUUCUGAGCUUUUCGUGUUCAGAAAGUUAGAUCACUCACAUUUGUUUGUGAUUGAAGAAAUGUUGUAUUACUUCCAGUGUUUUUUUUUUUACUUUGUCCCUGUUCUUACACAGUUUACAGGCUGGAUCAGACUGAUGCAUGGCAAAAUGGCAGAGAGUGAAAAAGCAGAAACAGACGGCGGUAAUGAGGUCAAUGACCCACCAGCUUGGGAAAAAGACGCGCUCCAAACAAAAUGUCUGAAAAAUGGUGGAAGACAAUUGGACAGUCCUGUCAAGGAGGAGAUGGUUGGACUUAUGAAGUCAUUCAGAGCGAGUUUGAAACUGGUCAGUGAAAAGAGCCCUCUGACCUCCAAAAACAAAAGGUCAGUGAGGACUAGCAAUGACCAAAAGCAACCCUCGAACUCUCCCUUACAACCACCGCCUUCUCCAAGCUUCAGCACAGGAUCUCCCUCACAAUUUUCCCAGCAAUCUUCCCCACUUCAAAAUAAAAAAACUCUUACCAGAACUGUGUCAGAUUCUGCAGUUGCAAUAACAGGAACAUUGGUAAAGAGGGGAGCGUCCAUCAGGCAGAGUUUGGGCCUGGGCUCUAAAAAAUUCAAGCAGGAACCACUAGAACCCGUCACAGAGGCCAUAACUUCAUCUGAAGAGCAGAAACCAGAAGAUGUAGAUGAGGUGUUGCAGCUCAGAGAGACAUAUACUCUGCCAGAGAUCCCUUCUAUGCCAUUGUCUGUAAUGGAGAUUAACAAACUGAUUGAGAUGGAAGUUCUAGAGGAGGCCUAUGUGAACCUACUGUCCCUGCGGUUGGAGCUUCAGCGUGAGUGUCAAGCUCUGGAGAAAGAAGACUGUCCCGUUGAUCUAGUCCACAAAGAGAAAGACCUCCGCCUACUGUAUGGGACACUAAGGAAUAAAAUGUCUAACAUAGUACGCAACUCCAGUGCUCUGCCCUCUCGCAAUAAAGAGUUGUUAGUGUAUGUGGCCCAGAUUAUACUGGAGGAAGAGAAGAGACAAGGAGAGCCAGGGGGGAUGCCAGGAUGGAGGGAGGCAUGGAGGGAUGCGGUACGAGACGGGGUUAGAGAUACAUUGAAGAAGGUUCACCUGGACAGUCGUGAGCAGAACACUUCCUGGUUGGCGGUGCAUCUGGGGCUUUUGGGUAAAACUAUUGUGGAGGAUCUGAAGAGAGUGAAGGCAGAACUUCUGAACUCAUAUCCAGCAGACUUUAAAGUGUUUGAAACCUAUGUGUCCUGCCAUCAUGAGGCAUUGGGAGAGCAUUUAAAGAGACUUCUGGAACAUGUGACAGAGGUGAAAGAUUACUACGCUCUUCUAGAAUUUAUUAUCCAUCGCUACCCCAGUGAUAAGAUAAUGGGUAGCUGUUCCCUGCAACCAGAGAUGAAGGAAGAUCAGAGAGCACUGCCACUGGACAAAGAUUUCCUUAAUCAGAUAAAGAGCAAAUACUGCAGUCACUUACAGGCUGACAUGAGAACAUCAUUUGAUCGAAUUAUUGAGCUGGAGAAUGAGGAAAUGUGGAAAGAAAGAAGAAAACCGGAGACUGACGAAGGGCUUUACAGCUCACACAUUGACAUGGAUAUCUGGACGAAUAUUAAAGGGCUUGUUCAAGGAUCCGGACGGAUUGAUGUGAACCUUGAGCAGAAGGUUGUGCGUGCCUGUUUGGAGGAACUGAAACUAUUUCCAAAACGAUUUGAGUCAGCGUUUGUUGAGUGGAGCAAUGCUCUCUCUAACUCCUCUCUUUGGGCAGAGUAUCACAUCAGCUAUAUGAACAGCUUUAGUGCCCUAAAAGAGCACAUGGCUUGCUAUAAGGAGAGCUGUCCAAUUCAGUUUGAGCAGGUUCAAAGGGAAAUCGAUGGACUGACCACCCGACUGAGUCAAACUCUGAUGAACCACUUCAAAACAGAUGUUAAGCCCUUUCUCAGGAGACAAAUGACGAGAAAAUGGUUUUCAUUUGAUGAAGACUUCACAAAUCUGGUCAGCAGGACUAAGACUCUGUCUGAACAAAGCAAAUACAUGAGCCCAACAUUUAAACAGACCUUUGUGAAUGAAGCACACUUUUUUGUGGUAAAAGAAUAUGUAUCUCAGCUGAUGAAGAAUAACUACUCAUGCAAAAACAGGAAGAAUGAGACAGCUGCCUCUAAGAUCACGAUGCAAUGGGAGGAACUGAAGGAUCUUUUUCAAGAUAUGAAUUCUACCUUAGAUUGGCUUCAUCCAGUCGGGAACCAGCUGAGCAAGAUUGUUGGAUGUAAAAAAACUGAUGUAAAAAUGUACCUACAGCCAAUGGUUGAGAACUAUCCAGACAUCAGAAAGAGCCAUCUCUCCGCUGUGCUGUACUUCCGAGGAAUUAUCAGAGGCAGGGAAAAACAUAUUAUACUGCAGCGGCUGACAGAGUUGAAAGAGAGCUUUGGGAAUGUGGGAAAUAAAGAGUAUGCCCUCUUCAGUGAGAUUCAAGCAGCAGUUAACACAGACUGCCUUGCUGGUACACCUUUCUCAUGUCUUUCCCUCAUUGUGCCAGACAGCUAAUCCAAAGAAAGGCACAUCAUUUGAUUUUAAGUGGACACGAUGCUUGCACUGUAGAUAAUAGCGGCUGUAUGCCUCGUGAUAUGAACAAUGAGCAAUACUAUGUUAUUAUGUCUCCUUUAUAAUCUUGUAUUAUUACAAGAUUAUCCGGCAUGCAAAUUAAGCAAAAUAUACAAAAAUAUAGUUUAUAUAAUAUUAAUGUGCAAUUUUUUGUAAUCAUGUGUUGUUAUUGAGGAUCACACUUUAAAUCUAGUGUGGUUGUAUUGUAAGAUGUUUUGUGAAAAAAAUUCUCAGUUACUUUUUGGGCAUCACUUGAUGCAAUAGAGGUUAUAAGCAGUGGUGUAGUAGUGACUGUUGUAAUUAUAGUCCCACAUAAACGUACAAAAUGUAUGUCAGGGUAGGUUUCUUGCUGGCAUGGUGUACAAUACACUGCUAAGAACAAUGGUAUGGUAACUUGAUGUUAAAUAUGCAUUUAAAUUAAUAGUUCUCAUUAAGGCUCAUUUUAUUAGGCUAAUAUGAAAAUUGUUAAUACUUUAUUAUUACUCAAAUUAAUAAACUAAUACAUACAUAAUACACAAUAAACUGUUAAGCAUUGUAUAGUUAAUAUGAGUUUAGUAAUGUUCACGUUAACACGUUGUCUUGUAUUACCAUAUAAAGCCUACAUAAGAAUUAAUGCUUAUUUGUU